ACGCCCCUUCGCGCAUGCGCGUAUAUUGUGAUGCGCUUUAUUUAGAACCAUCCUUCUUGGAUUUUCAGUUUGAGCGCCUAAGAAGCGAUGGGAAACUUUGUAUCUGGGACACCAUUGAUAUCAUACAUUGCCAACAAGUUCCCUUCAAUGGAUUAUGAGGGCCAGAGACUCGCUGAAAAGUGUUACCAGUGGAUUAUAGUUCUAUUUGGGGUAGUGGGCUUUAUUUGGGGUUACUUCUGUCAGCAGUAUAUUCAGACGGUGUAUGUAUUGGGUGCUGGAGUUCUUCUGGCCACACUGCUGGUAAUUCCGCCGUGGCCAAUGUUUCGAAGACACCCUCUUCAAUGGCAAAAUUCAAGAAAAGGAAGACAAGGACGACAAGACAAGGCAAAAACAUCCUAGGCAGUUGCAUUAUGUCAAUUUGGUCCUUGGUACAUGUUAAUCAUCCUGUAUGUACCCAAAUCACCCUUCAACUAAAGCUUUUUUGUUGGGAUUGCAAAA